AUGUCCAACCCAUUAAGAACCAUUGAAGUCCCCAAGAGCUAUGCCACUCCACCCGACAGACCCAUCUUAAUAUCAAACCACCCCUCCAGGGCUGAAGGCGUGACACCAAUCCAGGUCGUGACGCUCAAUCGACCGGAAAAACUCAACGCCUUCUCGAUCGAGAUGAUCAAUGCACUCGAGGACUUCUUUACAACGGUCGACGUGGACGACCGUGUCAAAGUAAUCGUCUUGACUGGUGCCGGAAGAGCCUUCAGUGCCGGAAUUGACCUUUCCUCCGACGCCACCGCAGGAAAGAGCCAGCCGACACGCGAUCUCCGAGACCCCGGCGGCACACUAGCGCUCGCCAUGUAUAAUUCGAGCAAGACUAUUAUCGUCGCGUAUAAUGGGCUGUCCGUCGGUAUUGGAAUGACGUCGACUCUGGCGGCUGCCAUUCGCAUCGCAAGCGUGAAAUCAGAGUUUGGCUUCCCCUUCGCCCGCAUCGGCCUGACGAUGGAGUCGAGCAGCAGCUUCUUCCUGCCGCGUAUGGUCGGGUAUAGCAACGCAACAUACCUACUGACGACCGGACGGCGGUUCAAAGCCAACCACAGCACGCUGCAAGGGAUCUUUGCGGAGCUCUUGCCGGAGCCCGAAGACGUCCUACCACGCGCGCUGGAGAUAGCUAAAGAUGUCCUCGAGAACGUCGGUACCAUGGCCGCGCAUCUGAACCGCCAGCUCAUCUGGCGCAAUCCUGGAUCUGCGGAAGGUGCGCAUCUGGUUGAUAGCCCUGUGCUAUUUGAUAUGUUUGGGUCAAAGGAUCAUCUUGAGUUCAAAAAAUCCUUCUUCGAGAAACGUAAGGCAAAUUUCACCGAUGUGCUCUCGAAGGACGCUCCAAGGACGUACCCCUGGUGGACUGAGGUCUCAGUCGCCACUCGACCCAAGAUUCAAGAUCGAGCGGAGCCAAAGCUUUAA